UUCUGUCUUUUCUUUCUCCAUUUUCUGUUGCUGCGAUUCUUCAACUUUGUGCUGUGUCGGAUGGCAAAGGGUUGCUCCAACAACGAGUACGAAAAGGCUAGAAAACAAAGACUUGAAGAAAACAAGAAGAGGUUUGAGGAUUUGGGAAUUUCAAGGAUAUCAAAAAAUUUGACUGAAAUCACAAGUUCUGCAAAGAAGACACUGCAUCAUCUUCCUAAACUGAAACCAAAGAAGACAAAUGGUGAAGUGGAACCUAGGCGAUCUUCUCGUGUGCGAAACCCAGUUCCUUCAUACCGUGAAGAUGUGAGCAUAGAUCUUCCACCUUUGCGGAAGAGGUCGAGGUCAAAUUCUUCAACAUGGGGAAGUUACGUUGCCAGACCACUAGAUGAAAUCAAAGAAGCAACAGAAGAGGAAAGACUUCGUGCUCUGCAGGCUGCAGAGGCACUCCAAAUCAAUUUGAACUCUUCAAACCCAUCAUUUAUCAAGUCAAUGGUUCGGUCUCACGUUUAUAGCUGCUUUUGGUUGGGUCUUCCUUCUAAAUUUUGUGAGGAACAUCUUCCAAGAACCGUAUAUGGCAUGGUUUUAGAAGAUGAAAAUGGCUCAGAAUACGAGGCUGUUUACAUUGGCAACAGAAGUGGGAUUAGUGGUGGCUGGAGAGCAUUUGCAUUGGAUCAUAAACUGGAUGAUGGUGAUGCCCUUGUUUUUGAAUUGAUUGAAGGUUCAAGAUUUAAGAUUUAUAUUGUUAGAGCAUUUCCAGAUUCAGUUGAAGAAAAAGGAAUGGAUAUUUUAGAAAAAGAAGGAAAUAUGCAUGAAACCAAAGUAUCAAAAGCUGCCUGUAAUAUUGAAUCAGAAUCCAAGACAAAAAAACCAAAACAGGCAGCUGUGUAUAAAACUACGGAACCAGAGUUUUCUCAGGAGCAUCUGCCAGAUGGGGUAAAUCCAACUAAGAAAUCUAAAUCUUCCCAGAAAGAAAUGCAAAAGACAUCAAAAGGGAAAGUGCAAAUUAAAACCGACAAAUCCAAGGCGGCUGUAAAGCUUUCAAACAAGACAAGGAAGCGAAGACAAGGUAUUACAAAUGAAAUUGGUGACUUAGGCAAGUUAGAGAAGAAUGGGUUUGUUCAGGAUGCAGCUGAUUGCAAAUUGGAGAAACUUGAACUAAUUCAAGAAGCAACCAAAUGUGUGUCACAAAAAGCAAGAAAAAAACCAGCUCCAAAAUAUUUCAGAAAGAAAGCAUAAUCUUGGAGCUGAUGAGUGGUAAACUAUUGUUAUGAAAUGAAUGACUAUAUUAUGGUAGUUGACAAUAUUUUUCUGUUAUGGAUUAAUGGAUAAUAUGCUGUUGUAAAACAUCUAAAAGUAAGGUGUAUGUUUCUUUAAUCCAAUUUUUGACUUAUAUUGUGAUUUGAUAUC